AUGUGCGCUGAUCGUUCAAAGCCAGUGACAUUGCAAAGAUCAUGCCAAGCCUGCAUCAAAGGCAAGCGGCGAUGUGACCAAGGCUGGCCCAGAUGCAGCAGGUGUCUGGGCAAAGACAUCAACUGUGAAUAUGUGAAUGCACCUCUUACAGUACAAUCUACUCGAAGGCCAUCUGCUGGGCGGUAUGUGGGCGCUAAGCGCUCAAUUCCCAACACGACUCCAACGCCACAAAUACAUGCACCCCUACGGCUGGAAAUCGCGAAAGAAUAUGAUCCGAAUAUCAUUCGAUUUCUCGUUGCCGGCUUGCGGGAUUUACCAGUCAAAUUCGCAGAAAACUGGAAGACGCUUUUCAUUCACCCUGACCUUUAUACGAAUGGCCUGCCAACCCCUGUUCGUGAGAUCCACAAUAUUUGCAGACUUCAUAUGCAAACCGGGCAAACAGAUCGCAUGAGCGUUACUCCGUUAUCAAUGCUCCGGCAAAACUCAGCAGACCUCCGUCGCCGACUAAGCCAUGCUGCGACAUUCGAAGAGCUACUUGGAUGCAGUCAAGCUUUGGUGUUGAAUCAAUGUAUGUUGGUUCUCGAUGAAUAUGGCAAUACAUAUCCAUAUUCAGAGGCGAUCAGUGUUAUGCUGGCCGGAGUAGCUGGAAAGCUGUGGCAACAAGCGCCUAUUCAACUUCCGCGAGCUCUCAGUCCUCGAUAUGCUUGGCUUCUUGCUGAGAGUGUUCGGCGGACGAUUAUUGUCUGUUUCAUUUUGCGGAGUGCUUACUCGUUGUAUACGAGGAACUAUUCAGUUCGGACACCGUUCAUAGACUCUUUGCCGUUUGAUUUACGGACGAAUUUGUGGGAUGAGAAUUCUGAGAUAGCGUGGCAAGAUGCGCUCUCGGAUUCCGGUGGUUCCAUGGUUUCAUUACAUGAGUGGUCUGAUAGAUUGGCUGCGGGUCGUGUUCAUGAUGUCUCUUGUUUUAGUGGGUUGAUAUUGGCGGCUUGCAAAGGGCAAGCCGUUUCCUCGAUUCCGUCUCCGCCUGUGCACUCUUAUAUUGACAGCUGA